AUGGCUGCUCUCCAACUCAGACCCAAACACAGAACCCCUCACAACCCCUCCCUUGUUCACCUCUUCUCUACCUCCUCGACCCCUCAUGAGCCCACCUCUGCCGACCAAUCCCUGCCAUCCGCUUCAUUCGACCCCUCCGAAUCUCAAUCAUCCUUAUCCUCCUAUUUCUCUGAUGUCAAACAACAACAGCAGCAACAACAUAGACCUGCUUCCCCAUUUUCACAAAGGAAUCCCGCAAUCCCAGCAAAACCUUCGAGCCCUUUAGACUCAUCUUUCUCCAAGCCUUCCAAAAUCGCUUCCCUCGAAGAAAUCCGUAGGAACCUCUCCGAGUUCCGCCUUCGAUUCUCUCACAUCUCGUUUCAAGAGCUUUGCAAACGGAAUGUGAUCGAGAAGGCCGACGAGAACGAUACCAACACAGCUUCGGGCCCUGGAAAAUUUGGCGGCACUGGCGGAAAGCCCUCGUUCGAAGCAAUUCGAGAGGAUUUACGGCGGCUACGUUCGUCGCCCGGGAUGGCACUAAAUGAGUGGAGGAGGGCUAAGCUGAUGUUUUCAAAAUUUAAGAAUAAUUUGAAAUUGAAGUCGUCUUCUGAUCCGGUUCCGGUCAUUGGCGGGACUGGUACGCUGCCGGUUUCAAUGUUUGGGAAGGAAAGGGAGCGGAAGGAUACGGAGGGGGAGAAAAAUGGCAAUGAAGACGAAGUUUGUGAAGAUGGAGGAUAA